AUGCAAUGUCAUGUUAAUAAUGAUGGUUACGAAAAUUAUCGAAUAUCACCAAAAUCUCUACCACCUGUCUAUGUUAAACAACGCCUCAAUGUUUAUGUGAUGUUUCCAAAGACGAUAAAAGAAAAAAUUUCAGGAUCUAUCGAAUUUUUGACAAAUACAGAUAAUCUACUUGAAUGUGUUACAUUUACUGACACGGAACCUUUAUCAUCACUUGUCGCAACUCGUUUAGUAGCUAAAUCAAUUAUUAAUGACCUUCAAAUAGUUGAUUAUAAUUCAAAAUCAUCUCAUCAUAAUCGUUUUAUUGAACAAUACAAAGAAGAUAAAAAGCAAGAACUAAUUAAUGUAUCAAUUCAAUAUCAAAUUCUUUCACCAUUUACGGCAUUUAUUGGCAUUGAAACACGUACUGAACAAGAGAUAAUAACUGAAGCAUCAUCAGGUGAAAUAAUUCUUCAAGAAGUACCUAUUGAAAUUCGAUCAAAUGAGAGCACGUUGGAUAAUUCCAAUGAUUCCGACGAAGAUUUUGAAAAAGAUGAUGAUGAAUAUGAAGAAUCAGCUGUCGAAGAUUACCACAUUAUUUUCAUACGCUCGGGACGCAAAUAUUCUGUAGACAUGAAAGUGACAGAAAAAUUAUUUUCACCCUCAUAUGGUAAAUUAUUAGAAACAGACAAACCUAGAAAAAGAUUUUGUUCUUGA